UAAAGGGUAUGUUGAUGUUGUAUGUUAAGGAUUUCUACUCAACAUCAAUUUUUAUUGCAGUUACCAAAAGAAGUGCAAAUUGCAUUAGCUCGCCUCUGUAGAAUAUUUUUUCAUUAGAGUUUCGAUCGGCGUGUCGUGACAUCGGUUUAUUUACGUGUCUCCUGAGAUGUAUCUAACUCUCUCAAUUUUCUUCCAUAAAAACAAAUGCAAAUAAUGGAAAAAUUAUACUGAAAGCAAAUUUCUAGAAAACAUGUUUAUUUCCUUAAAUGUGGAUAGUACUGAAACCUGAAGGAUUGAUUUGAUCCACCUGAAGAUUUCAUCAUGAACUACAACAUGCUAGGCGGUCUGCAUCUUGUCCUCGUCGUAACUGUCCUAACGAUGCUUAUACAUUGGACAACUGCAAUAUUUUCAGACGAGUUUCCACCAUAUCGUUCAUUGUCAUCGGAAAUCAUUGUAGAAAACGAAAUGUUACCUACAAAUAAACGAUAUGCUGUGUUAUCAUAUAACUUUGGAAAUAACAGACGAUAUUCACCUAGUUAUUCGCAACGGAGAAAUACAUACUUCCCUAAAAGAAGAAGGUACAGUUCCUACUGGCGACCAUGGGAGAGCCUUCCAAACACAAACUGCUAUCGUCAGCGGUGCUCUACGUCCUCAGACUGUUGUCAACGUCAUAAUAUUUGCGAUCCCUACGUCAAAGUUUGUCAUGAUUGUUGGCAUGGUUACAAAUGUCAAACGUCCAAUGACUGUUGUAGUCGUUAUCCAUAUUGUCACCCCCAUAAAAAAGAGUGCUAUAACUGAUAAGCAUCAGCUUCCCCCAUGUCCACCGCUGCGACGUAUCGAUAAUCAUCAGAAUUAUUAUCAAUUUAUUUUUGUGCUGCUAUCAUUUUCAUAAUAAAGCUUUAAAUGGUAACAUCAAUUGCGUUCAGUUAUCAUAAAAGAAUUA